GUGGGCGGUGUAGCAGAGCUGAUGUAGGGAAAAUCAGCUGCACAAGGUGUAGUGGUGACAGCAGUGACAAGACAGAGAGGAGCGUGCACUUAUACACCAACUUAAUGGAAAAGCAGCCCCUUCCAGAAAUGCAGGAAAACGCCUUGAUCCGAAGUAUUGAGGAAGAAUACAGGAAAGCGUUCGUCUAUAUAAACAAAGGUCUGAACACGGAUGAAACCGGGUACAAGGAAGAAGCCCGCAACUAUUACAAGCAAGGCCAGGAGCAUUUGAUAAGAGGUCUAAGCGUCUCAUUAGAGGGACCUCAGUGCGUUGGUCCAGCUUGGGACGCUGCCAGACAAAUGCAAGUGAAGAUGAGGGAGACUCUGGAGAACGUCAAUACCAGACUAAAUAUCUUACAGCAGAGUAUGGGAGGCUCUGCUAUAAACCCUCCUGCUGUGAGUGCCUCUGCCCCAGCACCAACCUUAUACCCAUCACUGCCACCAAAAGAGAAGGAAAGACCUGAGAGGCCACCACUGCCCUUGUUACCACCAUUCCCUCCACAGCCAGUGAAUGGAGUCUCAUGUAUUGCAACAGACAGUGGGGCAGCACUUAACCCCUUUAUAGCAGGGGUUUCUGCCCCCCCAGCAUACACCCCCCAGGCCACAGAUGGACAUUACACUGUUUCCUAUGGGACAGAGUCUGGAGAACAUUCCAUAGUUGGGGAUGAGUUCUAUGCUAUGCCCACCCAGCCACCACCAGUGCAGAGUCUGGGGGUAGAUGCAGAGGAACUUAUUCUUAUACCCAGAGGGGUGCAGAUUUUUUAUGUGACCCCAGAUGGACUAGUGAGUGCCCCCUCAUAUCCGGGGUAUCUGCGUAUUAUUAACUUUAUGGACACCAGCAGUGAAAUGGACCAGAGCCGCCCUCCUGCUUUCCUCCAGGUGUGUGACUGGCUAUAUCCCCUCAUGCCUAACCAAUCUCCGGUGCUACGCUCUAAUAAUGGGGUGUACAUGUUCCCAGACCUGAUGUCGCAGGAACCCGGCUCUUACGUGGGGGUGGUGCUUUCAGCUGAGCUUCCAGCCGCUGAUCUGGAGCUCUUUGAAGACCUAAUGAGACAGAUGUCUGACCUGAGAAUUCAGCCUGGUGAAGCAUCAGGUGAAGUCAUAGACCUGACCCAGACAAUUCAUGUCAUUGAAAUACCCGAACCGACACCAAAGGAGAAGGAAGACUUUCCUCCAUGGAGUGAGAAGGUUGCCCAUGGAAUUCUUCAAGGAGCUUCUUGGCUGAGUUGGGGUUUGGUAAAAGGAGCAGAGUUGACUGAAAAAGCCAUUCACAAAGGUGCCACCAAGUUGAGAGAGCACAUACAGCCUGACGAUAAACCUCUAGAGGUCAAUCCCACAGUGGCCAAAGGUCUCCACGUAGCCAAGCAAGCCACUGGCGGAGCAGUAAAAGUCAGUCAGUUCCUAGUGGAUGGGGUCUGUGCUAUAGCAAGUUGUGUUGGGAGAGAGCUGGGGCCCCACGUGAAGAAACAUGGCAGCAAACUUAUCCCUGAAUCUCUAAAGAAAGACAAAGAUGGGAAAUCUCCAUUUGAUGGUGCCAUGGUGGUAGCGGCCAGUGGAGUACAAGGAUUUGCAACAGUUUGGCAGGGUUUGGAGUAUGCUGGGAAGAACAUUGCCAAGAGCGUGGCCUCAGAGACGGUUCAUACGGUCAAAUACAAGUAUGGAAAAGAUGCUGGUCACGCCACCGACAAUGCAGUCAAUUCUGCUAUCAAUGUCGGGGUGACUGCAUUUAAUAUUGACCACAUAGGUAUAAAAGCAAUAGUGAAAAAAACUGCAAAAGAAGCCAGUCACUCCAUCCUGGAUGACUACAGACUGAAAGAGAAAGAGGACAAGAAGGGCGAUCCCCACUGACUGAGUCCUCCAGCGUUCUCUGCUGCCUUAACGUGUGACACUAAACCUCUCAGUGGUUAAUACAGUAAUAUCUGCUUGGUCUGUAAUAGAGUUUGCUUCUGUAAGUUAAAGUAAGAAACUUAAGCUUGAAACAUAAGAGCAAACAACGGGUAUGCUAAAAGAAAAAAAUUCCAUUGCAAAGAUCUAGACAUUAGCAAUAUACUAAAAUAUUGCCUGUUACAAAAACUCAACAAAUCUCCAGUCCAUAAAACAAAGGAUAUAUCAUUUUUUUUUUUAGAUAUUUUUGACUAAUAAGAGGUUGUCUGUGAUUUUUGAUGACCUAUCCUCAGGAUAGGUCAUCAAUAUCAGAUUAGUGGGUUCAGUCCCAAUCCCUGCACCACCGUGUUUGAAGAGAGUGCGGUGCUCUGGUGAUGUGCAUUCAUCGCUUACGUGGCCUAGGCACAGCUCAGUCCCGGGGGCUAAGCUGCAAUACCAAGCACAGCCGCUAUACAAUGGACGGCGCUGUGCUUGGUAAGCUGUGUAGAGGCCACAGCAAUCACCAGAGCACCACGGCUUCUUUAAACAGCUGAUCAGCUGGCUGCGAGGAGUCAGACCCCCACCGAUCAGAUAUUGAUCACCUCUACUGAGCAUAGGCCACCAGGAUCAAGAUCUUGGAAACCCCUUUAGGGUCCAUUCACACGUCCACAGGUGUUUGGCAGGAAUAUUCUACCACAUGCCAUAACCCUGGAGAGCAUGUGGCCUGGACACGGUACAGAUGGGGGGGAGGUGUGUAGUGAUUUGGUGCCAACUUUACAGGUACUACAGAUCAGGAAAAAUAAAAACUAGUCCAGCAAGAGCGAGAAAAGCAAGUCCGAAAUGUAUUCAGUUCUAAAAAAAAGUCCAGGGACAUGUUGUAAAAAGUCAGUACAGUAGAUUGAGUUUUCUUAGCACUCACAACGCAUAAGCUGUUGAUUGGAUCUGUUACAACAUAUCCUAGAACUACAGUUUUAUUGGAUUUAUCCCUCAUGCUCUGCUGUGAACACAAGCUAAGCCACAAGAUGGCCACGGAAUAUUGUCAAGACGCAACAUGCCAGUGGCAUCUCUGCAUAAAUGCUGCCCCCUGCAGUCAGCAAAGCGUGCUGCUCAAGACAAACAGUCCCCCUCCGCUCCUGGACUGGGCACGCCCAGGAGGUCCCCCUCCGCUCCUGGACUGGGCACGCCCAGGAGGUCCCCCUCCGCUCCUGGACUGGGCACGCCCAGGAGGUCCCCCUCCGCUCCUGGACUGGGCACGCCCAGGAGGUCCCCCUCCGCUCCUGGACUGGGCACGCCCAGGAGGUCCCCCUCCGCUCCUGGACUGGGCACGCCCAGGAGGUCCCCCUCCGCUCCUGGACUGGGCACGCCCAGGAGGUCCCCCUCCGCUCCUGGACUGGGCACGCCCAGGAGGUCCCCCUCCGCUCCUGGACUGGGCACGCCCAGGAGGUCCCCCUCCGCUCCUGGACUGGGCACGCCCAGGAGGUCCCCCUCCGCUCCUGGACAGGGCACUCCCAGGUUAACAAAUAAAUAUUCUGAGCAAUAAUUAUCCACAUGUUUCAGAUUUAACAUAAAACUAGCCUAAAACUGCCAUGGAUGAACUAGAGCAGGCAUCCUCAAACUGCGGCCCUCCAGCUGGUGCAAAACCACAACUCCCAGCAUGCCCGAACAGCCUACAGGUAUCAGCCUACAGCAGGGCAUUGUGGGAGUUGUAGUUUUACAACAGCUGGAGGGCCGCAGUUUGAGGAUGCCUGAACUAGAGCAUGCACCAAACCUUUUGGUGUAAUAGUGACAUAUACAGAUACUGUAUACAUAGAGUGUAGUGAAUUUUGUACUUCGGUGGGGUUUGCCUCAUUUAAUACUGAAGCUGCAUUUCCUUCUUCAAAAAUCUAAUAUAAGUAAUACAAUAAAUCCAAAGAUAAAUACGUUUAUAAUGACCAAAGUUCCACGGAAAACUAGAAGCCAGAGUGACGACCAGGAUUUGACUUAUUUGCACUACCACAGGGUAUAUACAGUAAUAUGUAAUAAAGGAUAAACUCUAAUAGAAAAUGGAUAUUUAUAUAUUUUGUUGAGUGAUAUAGUUUAGAAACUGAUUAUUAAAGGAUUAUGUGCAACUUUCA